AUUUAAACUUGUCAUUGGAAACAUGGACCAGAAGAACUAACGGUAGUUACGCAACGACUAACUGAGCGUUCUAGAAAAACGGUUUUUGGGGUGUUUGCGUGUUGCUGCAGCAGAAGGAUGUCCGUGCCCCCUGCAAAGCCCGGCCUGCACCACAGUGUUUCAGAGUGGACCAGUAACAACCAGCAGCUGUCUGCCACUGCACAACAUGAGCAACUCGUUUCCAUGGUGAUCCGGCAGGAGGGGAGGUCACUACGCAACGAGACCAACUGUAAGACAACCUGGGAUGAGAGUGACACCUGUCGCAGGCUGAGAGACCGGCUGUGGGAUGUUGCCCGGCGGAAAGAGGAGCUAGAAACCUGCGCACAGAAAGUGGAUACAGAGAUGGAGGCUCUGACUCUGUCCAAAGAGCAGACGGAGCAGGCCCUGGCUGCGACCGCCCUUCCCCUGGAGGUCAGCUGUGAAUGCUUAACGCUGCGGGACGGGCGGCGGGGCUACGAGCUCGCCAUCGACCCCGUGGACCAACAGCUGAAACAAGAGGUGGCGCUGAUUGAGAGAAUGCAGAAGGUUCUGCAGCAGCACGUUGACAGGGCUUUCGAGCACUUGUGCGUUUUGCAGGAGGCUCGGCACCAGCUGACCGCUGACCUCCAGAACAAGAUGGACGCCCUGGAUAUUGACAUGUCGUGCCUGUCGCUUACUGUUCAGUCGCCCCAGAUCUCCCUGAAGACCAACCCAACUCGCAUACCGUCAGGUUCCUCCAACCCCCAAGAGUGGUCCCAGUUCAGCCAGUACAAUGUGGCCCGUGCCCAGGAGGCCAUGCACGUGUCACAGCAAAUGAGGGAGGACAUGAGUCUGACCAGAGUGCAGUUGCAGAAUGAGUUGGACACUCAGCGCCGUGCCACUGAGUUCUCUCUUCGGAAGCGCAAUCACCAUGAAGAGCAGGCACGCGACGAGCUGGAGUGGCAAAUAAGAAAUACUGAAGAUGAAAUGGCAGAGAUGGAGAGAGACAUCCACGGGCUGGAUGCAGAUCUACAGGUAAAGACGGCCUCCCUGAAACUGGCUCACACUCGACUGGAGAACAGGACCAACCGACCGGGCAUGGAUUUGUGCAGAGACGAGGUGCAGCACGGCCUCGUUGAGGAAGUCCAUCAACUGGAGGCCACAAUUCUGACUUUGAAACAGAAGCUGUCUGAAGCUCAACGCUCCAUGCAGAAGAUGAAGCUCCAUCAUUCCCGCAUGUUGCAGGAUCUUUCCAGAAAACAGGAAGCCUUGUCUCUGGAACAGCGAAGCAUGAACACCCGCUCCCGCCUCGCAGCAACCUCCAGCACGGACAAGACGCCGCCGCUGCUGGUUCCACUCACAAACUCCAGCGGCAGGAGCAGCCUGCAGCUGGCUCAGUAACAUGGGGUGGUGUCCAGUAUGGGGGGGGGGGGCACGGAACUAAACACACAUACAUUAGCGUGAGUUGUUUGUUUUUCUGUCCACAUUUGAGAUACAGUUAAGUCUCUUAAAGUCUUAAGUUGAUAAAUGAAUCAUCCACGUUACUGCUGGAGGACACAACAAUUUUCUAUAUUUAUUUUAAAAAAAGAAGCAUUCUCCUGAGCUUUAAUGUGGAUUGUGUGUUUGUUUCCUACCCCAAUUAAACAUUUGUGCAAAUUC